CGUUCUCAGUCGCAGUCGAGUUUUAGUAGCAGCGACACCUGAAAAAUCGUACGUAGUAAGCAAGGAGAAAAAAAGACGCAACUACAAUAAGAACAACAACGCGUGUUUAUAUAUACAAACAACAAUAAAAACGUGAAAAACAAACUCGCGAGUUAAGUUUAGUGUAUUCGCAUCAUCACAUCAAACGUAGUCGGCAAAGUGCAAAUUAUCAGCUCCGCCAUCACCACCCCAACAAGUCGAACCGAACAACGACAACGAAAUCUGUACGCAUACGAGCGUUGUUUGUCGUUUCGGUGAUCGCGGUGAUUGAAGCGAAUGAAGUUCUAAAAACUCAUCACUAUAAAAAAUCAAAGAAAAUAUAUGAGAAUUCAUAGUUAAAUGAAAAUAAAACAGCGGUAAAGACAAAUACAACGCUCAGUUUUGUAAUAUCCCGUUUUCGGCGAAUUCACAUUUGUGGCAACUAAACAACAAACUGUUGCGCUGUUGUACGCGCCUUUGAGGAUCUUUCCUGCCUUUUGGGUGAUAUUCGUAGCCGUUAAUUUUAUUUAACAUAUAGUUAAUGGAAAUCACCAAAGCACAAUUCUUGGUCAAAUAGUCUAAUCAGCUUUAAUUACAAAAACUACAGCACGAAAUUCCAUACGACUAACUGCGACAAACAACAAAAGCGAGCCAAAUAGGAGAGUGAGUGAGAGAGAGACUUCAAUAACGAAAAAGUUUAAAGGCUUGUGAUUUACUUGGGCUGGCAAAAUGACAGGUUUCAGCAACGGAGGUUUUGAAAACGAUGAGCCGGUGAAGCCAAAAGCUGGUUUUGAGGCAGAUACAGCAUCACUCAGAGAGAAAGUCAUUUUAAAUCCGGGCGAAAAAUGGCGUAUUUUGAAAAAUAUCAGCAUCAUAUCAUUUGCAUUCAUGGUACAAUUCACAGCGUUUCAGGGCACGGCUAAUUUGCAGUCCUCGAUUAAUGCAACAGAUGGCUUAGGCACUGUAUCGUUGAGCGCCAUUUACGCGGCACUCGUCGUCUCAUGCAUCUUCCUACCCACACUUAUCAUACGCAAAUUGACUGUGAAAUGGACGCUGGUCUUCAGUAUGCUGUGCUAUGCGCCAUACAUUGCCUUCCAAUUGUUCCCAAAAUUCUACACGCUGGUUCCUGCCGGUAUUCUAGUCGGUUUGGGUGCCGCUCCUAUGUGGGCAUCCAAAGCCACCUAUUUGACACAAGUCGGUCAAGUUUAUGCCAAGAUAACCGAACAGGCCGUGGAUGCGAUUAUUGUACGAUUCUUCGGCUUCUUCUUCUUGGCCUGGCAAACAGCUGAGCUGUGGGGAAAUUUGAUCUCGAGUUUGGUGCUUUCGAACGGCGCUCAUGGCGGUGGCAGCAGCAACACCACCAUCACCGAAGAUGAUCUGCAAUACUGCGGUGCCAAUUUCUGUGUGACGGGUUCCAGCAAUAGCAACUUGACACGUCCAACAAACCAAGAAAUCUUCGAAAUCACCAUGAUCUACUUGUCUUGCAUUAUUGCUGCCGUCGCUAUAAUUGCCGUCUUCUUGGACCCGCUUAAGCGUUAUGGUGAGAAACGUAAGGGUUCACAAUCGGCACAAGAAUUGUCCGGCAUGGAAUUGCUUUCGGCCACUUUCCGUCAAAUGAAAAAACCAAACCAGCAAUUGCUCAUUCCCAUUACCAUUUUCAUUGGUAUGGAACAGGCUUUCAUCGGUGCCGAUUUCACACAAGCGUAUGUGUCUUGUGCUUUGGGUAUCCAAAAAAUUGGUUUUGUGAUGAUCUGCUUUGGUGUAGUCAAUGCUAUUUGCUCGAUUCUCUUUGGUUCAGUAAUGAAAUAUAUUGGACGUCUGCCAAUCAUUAUUCUUGGCGCUGUCGUGCAUUUCUCACUUAUCUCCAUUGAAUUGUUCUGGCGUCCCAGCCCCGAGAAUCCACUGAUCUUCUACGCCAUGUCCGGUUUAUGGGGUGUCGGUGAUGCUGUAUGGCAGACACAAAUCAACGGUCUUUAUGGUCUGCUCUUCCGUCGAAACAAGGAAGCAGCCUUCUCCAACUACCGUCUGUGGGAAUCAGCCGGUUUUGUGAUCGCCUAUGCAUAUGCCACAACUUUAUGUGCGCGCAUGAAGCUUUAUGUUCUAUUGGCUGUAUUGGCAUUGGGAUGUGUGGGUUACACCGUUGUGGAGAUUCUGUACAGAAGAAAGCAACGCAAGCUAAAGAAGCAAGAGAAAUUGGAGGCUGCCGCCAAGGAAAAGGAAGCUGCCGCCGCUGCAGCUGCCGCCGAGGCUAAUGCCACCGGUGAAGUGGAGGAGACCGAUGACGAGCUCGAUGAUCUCGAAGAAGAUAUUGUUGUGACGCACUUCUAAGUCCACUUCAACACACACACAUACACAUACUCACACAUUCACACAUCUGCAAAACAAAUACGCCUUCCAUAACGUAAUGUAAUGUAUGUACACACGUACACCUGUGAAAGUUUUGAAUGCAAGAAGCUUUGAACAUAGCGGCUUUGAAAAGCUUAUGCCCAAAGCGAAAAAGCAACACAAAUCACACACUCACACGAUGAAAGCUUUUGUUUUGUUUGUUACUCUCUUGUAUGGGAGCUUUUAGUGUUGGCGUGUAAGAGUGUUUUUUGUUUUUCUUCUUUUUUUGCAUGCAUAAAAAGAGAAGAGUGUAAAUGAGGCGGAGCGCCUAUGUAUUAGUAAUUAGUAAAGAAAGUAUGGAACUUUGAAUGAGCGCCUGCGCUUCUGCACCUUUCCCUAGUUGUUACUUUGUUUUAUGUAAAAAUAAAAACCAUUUUAAUACAAAAGACACUUUAAAGUUUAAAGUAUAUAAAUAGCCGAACAAGUAAUAACGAAUGUAAUUGAAAGUAAUGUGUUAUAAAGUUUAGUAGUUAUUUAGUCUAAUAAGUACAACAGAAACAGAACCGUCACACACAGACACACACACACACACUCUAACACUUGCACACACGUAAGCAUAGAAAGCACACAUACGCAAAAGCGCACACAUGCAUAUACGUAAGUGAAAUUUGUAAAUAAUUAGAAGGAAGUAAUAAAUGUAAUAAUUACUGAAAACCAAAAUCAUGCAAAAAACGUGUUGAAAACGAUAAAAGACGACGAAACAUUGUAAAAGAGAAAAUUGUUUCAAAAAUUAACACGCAGAUUCAAAUUUUUUAAAAUUUGCUGUUAACAGAUUUGCACAUGCUCCAGAAAAUGCAACAAGAGUUAACGUCCAGGCGAAAAAAUAACAAAAUGGAUGCCAAUUUGUGGGAUUGGUGGUGUCAAGGGUUUUCUUUAAGCUUUCACCACUGGCUCUUGCAAAGUAAAUGAACAAAUCCUUAACUAUAAUACUAAAAAAAAAGACGUGCUUCCUAAAGGCAGAUUAUACAUAUGUGAAACGUAAAAACAAACAAUUGCUCAAGUUACAUAUUAAUUGCUAAAACAGAAUUAAGACAGAACGAUAUGUGAAAGCAUACAUUUCUCCCAAAUGUAAAAGGGAAACUUAAAAAAAAACAAAUUAAAUAUUAUUAUAAUUUAAGUAAAACUUUUGCUCAUAAGGCCUCUUAAGUAUAUACAUAUAUACAUAUACAUAUAUAUAUAUAUAUAUAUAUAGGUAUAAAAUGUGAAUUCAACGCUCAAAACAAAAAACACCAACAACGCACAAAUUAUAAAUUGUGCUUUUUAAAAACUUUGUGAAUUAUUAUUUAGUAGCACACAUAUGUAAGUAGGCGCGCGUAUAACAAGAAUUUAAAUUUAUGUUGUUUUUAUUUUUAAUAAAUUUAAUUUCUGCUUAUACGCGCGCACGUAUCUAUUUUUCGUGUUUCUUUUUUUUUUGUUUUUUUUUUUUUUUGUUUAUUUUGUGACUUCUUUUAAGAAGUAGUCGAAUGUAGUAAAAAUAGUAAUAUUAGCUUGCGAAACUCAAAAAUAUUCCUUAAAAUAAAAACGAGUAAAACAAACAUUGUAUUAGUAAAAAAACGGAUGCCUUACACAAUUAACAGCACUAAAACCAUAUAUGUACAUUCAUUAAAAAUUUAAAAAAGAGAAAAACAAAAACUAAUAUAUAUAUGAAGAAAAGUUGUUAAAAAGAUAUGUACGAGUAUGAUUCACAAUGAGUAACAUGAAAUGUACUUAUAUAUUUUGCUCAGUAUUAUAAUGUUAAUGUUUAAGUGAUGUUUCAAUUUUUUUUUUUUUGUUUUUUUUUUUUGUUUUUUUUUCAACUAACUUAUUCUAUCCUAGCACCCCACCCCUCUGUGUAUUUCUCUAUAUGUUUCACAACGAAAAUCUUCCACAAGCGCACCUCUAACAGAAACUAUUUUAAGCCUAAUUUUCGCUUACAAAUUCGCUACUUUUGCUGUUUUUACUACGGUCAGACUUUUUUGUUUUUUUUUUAUCAUCCUGCUCAGACUUCUCAUUUUCGAAAUCCUAAAUUAUUUUCUAUUUAACCUACAAAAUAGUAUUUUUAUGCUCAUUGAUAUGUCUUUCGUCUAUCUAAUGUACCAUAUGUAUGUAAUUACAUAUCCUGCAUUUUUAUUAUAGUCCUUUAAGUAGUUGUAUUGCAUCCUUCACUACCUUCUUCUAAUUUUAUUCAUAUUAUUAUUUGAAAAAAAAAUUGUAUAAAUUUGUAAUGCUAUGCAUGUACGCUUGUAGUAGUAUGUGAAAUGCUGCAUACAUACACACGUGCAUGCAUGCGUACAAUAAAAGCUGAAAAAUGCAUAAAUAACCUGUAUAGAAAGCAAAGUGAAAAAAGAUUUGAAAAACUAUUAUGUACUACUAUUGCAAUAUAAAUAAUAUAUUUAUGUAACAAUUCAUAUCGUAUUAAAUAGUGUAUACGUACGCGUCUGUAUGUAUAUUUUAAGCAUACGAAGUUAAAUUUUAAAGUAGUUACAAAAGGGAGGAGAAGUGGUAAACGCAAUUGUAUUGAAUAAAAUGUUAUAAAACAAAAGCUAUUGAAAUAUACAGCUCGAUAGUAUAAUUUGCAAUCUAUAGUUUAAUGAUUACUUAUUAUUACAAAAUAAAUAAAUAUAACAAUACAGUAAUAAUGAAAAAUAAUAAA